GGCCGACGGGCGGGGACGGCGUGUGCACGCGGAAGCCGUCACCCCCGGACAGCCGCGGGCCCGGAGGGUCCCCCGGUCACACCGUAACGCAGACCGCGGGGGGCGCCCAGCCCGGCCUCCACGCGCCCCCCGAGACGCCGCCCAGAGGAAGGAAAGCCCGCGCGGGCUCCGGGCGUCGGGGCGCGAGGGCGGGCCGCCCAGCAGCCCAGGGGCGCCCGUCGUGGCAGCGGCCCCGCCCCCCGCGCAUCCGCGCCUCCGGCUCGAGGGGGCGGACGCGGAGAGCGCGGAAGGGGAAGCGGACAGGGGACCCGAAGCCAGGGCGGCGAGCUGGGGCCGCGGGUCAGAGGCCGGGGUUCGCGGGCCAGAGGCCGGGGUUCGCGGGCCGGGCGCACCGCCCCCGCGCCCCUCCGAGCCGCCGUAGCCCCGCCCCUCGCGCGGCGCCAUGACGCCGGGCGCGCGGGCCGCUCUCCUGACAGAGGUCGCGCCCGUCCGAACGGCCGGCCUGCGCCGCGCAUGCGCAGUCGGGAGGGGAAGUGAGGCGGUUUCCUCGGCGCCUUUUCCGGCGGCGGCGGCGGCAGAGCUGGGCGGAGGAGGUGGCGGCCGGAGGAGCCCGCGCUCGGGGCGGCGGCCGAGGCAGCGCCGAGUCCGCCCGGCCCCUGACGCGGCGCCCUGCCCCUCGCGUGGCCUGCGCGGCGGUGACCCGGCCCCGGGCGGCGGCGGCGGCGGCGGCGGCGCGGGGCUCGGGCCGCGGAAGGGCGGUUCCGGCCGGCCCGCCCGCUCCCCUCGGCAGGGCGGCGGCCGCGCGGCAGGAAGCGGGCGCCGGCGGGUGAUGCCCGAGUGAGCGGGCGGCCCUGCCCACGAGGCGCCCACGCAGGCCGC